AUGGACCACGAUAAUGAAAAACAAAUUACAUUAACAGAGCUAGUAAUUAGACCGACUGAUCUAUCUAUGACACCAACAAUGACACCAACAAUUACAGUGGCUGAGGCACAAGCAACUACCCUUACCGAAUCAAAAAUUACACAGACUAGGUCAAAAAUUACUCCAGCUGAGCUAAAAAUUUCAUCAAUGAAACCAAGAAUAAUGUUGACCGAGUCGAUAAAAACACCGAUCGAUGUAGCAUUAUUUGUAAAGAAUCAUAUUAUUCGACCGAAUCAACCACUCUUUUAUGUGAAAAAUCCAAAAGGGUGGUUUAAUCAAUUUGAAUCAAAAAUGUCGGCUGCGGAUUUAAUUGAAGAUUUAACAAUGUACUACGAUCUCUUAAAAGAAUUGAACAAGCAUGAUAUUCUAUGUUGUAUUCUAGACGUAUUUCAAAACAUGAGUAUGGUAAACAAGUAUAUGUAUUUUAGAAGUCAUUUGCUCAAAAAAAUAUCUGAACAAGAAAGACUUUUAGAACUUGUAAGCGAUUUAAAAUUGGAAGAUAAAUAUCCAUCAUUUCUUUUAAAAGAAAUGAAACAAUUAACGGCUGAUAAAUUAUUAGAACAUAACUUAAAACGUUUGUGGUUACAAAAAUUACCACCGCAAGUUCGAGAUAUACUAUUAUUAUCUUCCGAUUCUUUGAGUUCUAUAUCGUUGUUGGCAGACAACAUUAAGGAUCUACAUUAUUUACCAGAAGUUAAAUCAUCAAAGACGUCUACUUACCAGUAUGAAAAUGAACAUGGAUCGACCAACUCAAAUGAUCAUCAAGUGGAAAAUUCAGAAGCUAUCAGUAACACAAAUUCAAUCCAAAAAGAGGAAAAGCAGUCUUGUUUAAACCGUUUUUUGCAAAUACAUUUAGAUGUUCAGAGUUGUCCAAAAUCGUUGUAA